AUGAUAAUAGAACAAAAAUCAGGAGAUGAAAUAAAAAAAUUAACUGGAAGAAGUAUUAUUUGGUCUCCAAAUGAACUGGGAAUUCCUUAUUUAGGACUUUACGAAGAGCAUGGAAAAAUAGGAGAUGAGGAUUAUUUGAGAUAUGGUGUCAGGUAUAUUGGAAAUAAAGCCAUAAAUGGAAAUAAUGAAAGAAUAAUAAUAGGUGAAAUUUAUGGAGAAUUAUUGAGUUUAGAUAGUUUGGCUUUCAAGAGUAAGGAAUAUGAAUAUACUGAAUUAAAUAGUUCUCUAAAUUGGAUUUGGAAAUAUAAUGGAGUUGUUAUAGAUACAAGAAAUAUUACUGGUAUUCUUGGAUUUAUUCAAAAAACGUGGAAAGAAAGCGAUGAAAGUAACUGCCAUCUAGAGGUUAUUGAUGGUAGAUUAUAUGUUACUUCAAAUCCAAAUGUAUGUAUCUAUCCAGGAGACGAGCUAGUAUUGUCUGUUAAUAACAAUAUGGAUCUAUUGAUUCCUACUAUAGGGGAUGAGGUCAUGAAAUUAAGGAGUAGAAGUCGUAGGCUUGAACAAAAAUUGGAGAGAUUUAAUUGUAAAGAAUCGCCAAAAAGUUGUGAAGCAACAGCUGUGUCAGUUUCUUCCGUAAGUACUGCAGUUACAAAGAAUAAAUCAGGAAUGAAUGAUGAAUAUGAUAAUAGCAACAAUAGUAAUCAUAUUAUUUCUGUUCCCUAUUCUCUAAAUUGUACCAAUGAAUAUUACUGCAAUCUUUGCAAUAGGAGUCAUAACAACACUAGUGUCACUCCUGGUAGUUUUUACUACGGUGAAUUCAGAUUUUCAACAAGAAUCUUUAAAAAUGCUUUGGUUUUUGUUCUAGGAGAAAAAGAAAAUACCCUUAAUUUGACAGAAAAUCAAAUCCACUACUUUGAUCGUUGGAAAAGUACCAGCUGUGAUAGAGAACUUUAUAAUCUUAAUUCUGUUCACAAAAUUAGUUUUAAACCAAAAAAAGGGGUUUCAAUUGAAAGUAUACAAAAUGAAAAUGAGAAUGAUCAAAAUUGCAAUUUACCAAUAGAAAUAUUACUUGUGAAAAAUUAUAUUUCAAAAAACAUUAAUGAAAUGAUAAUCAGCGAGUUCCAACUUGUGAGAGACGAUAUAAGCCACAAUUUUGGAGAUUUAACAAGAAAGUGUUAUAUUUCCCAAUCUGUUCUGCUCUACUACUUCUUUGAAAAAUGGAUGAAUGAAAAAUUUAUUGGAGAAUAUAAAUACUUAAGAAUUCCAAUACCUAUGCUAAUAGAACAACAUAGACAAUUAUUACUGCCAUAUCCAGAAGGUAUUCAGUGGAAUUUGGAGACUUUGUCUUGGAGGUACAACAUUCAAAAAAAUAACAGAAUAUACAAGCAAGAGAUGGGAACUAAUUUUCCAUUGGAAGCUAGUAUUAAUGACCACUUAGCACAGGAACAAGAAUACAUUGGAGUAAGAGUUACUAAUGAAAAUGAUUCAUUUGAACUGUUCAAAAACUACAUAACAAUUUGUUCAAUUAAGUACAAAGGUGUUAACAACUCGAAACAUAAAGAAUUAAACCCUUCAGCGUGCAAUUAUAACUCAAACAGAACUGAUACGAAUAUAGAUUAUCAAUCAAAUUUAAAUGGAAAUAAGAAAAAGAGACAAAAAGAAAUCGAAGAUUUAAAGAAUAAAGAAUACGAAAAUGAAUUAUUUGAAAUAGAAGCUCGAGAUAUUUCCAGAAAAAAUGCGAAUAAUUUCUCUGAUAGCCCAAAAAAUAAUGAUUUGGUUAAUAUUCAUGAAAUCAUUGAUAGAUGCAGUGAGAUUAAAAGUUUAGAUCAUAUCAACAAUACGAACAAGCAAAUACUUACAGCUGUAUCAGAUGAUAUAGGCGUAAUUUCCCAGCAAGUUGAAAUUCUACUCGUUCCUCCUUAUUCUUCAUUUAUAAAAUUUUGUGUAAAAAGGUUAGGUUUCAGUAUUACAUAUAAUAAAAGAAGAGCAUGGUUUUCAGUUAGAUCUAGAGGCGUGUUAGAAGCAUUUAACCUGGCAAUAAAGUGGAUAAAAAAACAGAAAUCGAUGACUCAGAAAAACCAUUCUAAUAAUUUUGUGGAGCAUAUAAAUAAAUAUAAUAUGGAAAAUAUUUCAUCACCAAAUAAUCUUUCAAUAAAUUCAAAAUCUGGGAUUAACGGGAAAAGAUCUUCCCAAAAAAUCAGUAACUAUAUUAACAAUAAUAAUGCACAUUUAACAUUCGUAAAAAUUGAAAAUAACAAUCAUUUUUGUCAAGAUAGUGAUGCAGAUAGCGUAUUAAGUUUAAAUGAACAGGCAAAUCGGCUUAAACCUCUACCAAAAAGAAUUAUCUGGGUUCCUAGUAGAAGAGUAUUUAUUGUUUCUUAUAAACGUUUGGGAGCUAUAAAUCAGAUGAAUACUAAAUCAUUUAAUCCUACGAUUUAUGGUGGUGUGAAGAAAGCAUUAAAACAUGCUUGUAUUUUUCAGUCGCAAACUGAGCAGUGUAAAUAUAGUGGUUUUGGUGAAAGUAGUGGGAUUACAGAGAAAAAUUCAUCAUAUACGAGUAUUCAAGGCAAAAUGGAUAAUUUUGAAGAAAAAAGUAGAAUGGACUCAUCAUUAAAGCCGAUAAAUUACUGGGUAAAGAGCAUAGACUCCAAAGUUUCUCCUGAAAAAGUGACAAAUGCCUAUAGAGAAGCAGUAUCAACGUAUCUUACCCAAUCAACUAGUUUUUCUCAAAGCAAUGCAGCUUUAGUAGGGUUAGAAAAUUAUUGUGAAGCCAAUCUUGAACAGAAUAACGUUAAAUUCUUGUCUGAAACUUCGAAUUUAAAAAGUUCAGAAGAAGAAUGUGCGAAUACUUCUUACGUUGUUGAAAAUAGUUGCAAUAAUAAUGAAAAUAUUGAUGUUUUUGAAAACCAAGUUCAGAUGAAAAUUGAUGAAAGUUAUAUCAAUAACUUUAAUACGGAUUACGUUUACUCGGGAGAAUCAAAUAGAUUAAAAACAUUGAAUGAGAAUUCAUCUCUAAACAAGGGAUUUGAAGCUCAUGAACAUGAAUAUUCACAGAAUAUUGAGUUCAAGCCCUUCAAAAUGUAUCAUGAUCAAGUGUUCUUAAAUAAGGAUUCUAUGUUGAAUUUAAUGAAUAUAGAUGAAGUACUCAAUCUUCACAGUUCGAAUGUUAAUAAUCUACAGAAUGAUUCGACUGACGGACAAACCGUCAUUUUGGAUGAGGAAACAUGUAGUACAGAAAACCUUGUUUGUCAAGAAAGUCUAUGCACUUCAAAUGUAACAGACUACAUGAACUUUUUCGAAGAUUACAAAAUCACAGAGCCACUAAUUUCAAUCAGUGACCCCUAUACAAAUAUAGUGCAGUUAGACGAUCCACCCACUCUUCAUGACCAAUACAUCAAAAUGGUAUCUCCAUAUGACUAUAUUGAUUCUUUUACACUAAUAGAACCAUGA